AUGCUCACGCUCAACUGGGGCGGCGGCUGGGUGCCGGUGCUCGACCCGCGCUGCCUCGCCGACCAGUCCUUCAACCUGUGGAUAUGGGGCGUCAGCGACGAGGCGGUGCUCGCGUACCGCUCGUCCAAGAACGACCCGCCGUACCCAGCAGCGGUCGCGAGCGGCCUGCCAACGGAGCGCGUGCGGCUCUUUCUCCCGCUCACGCGCUCCGGCACGGAGCGGGAGAUGGUGACGUGGGACCACCUGCUGCGGCGCGAGACCCGCACCGAUGAGCUGAAGCGGCACAGCACCUUCUACACCGCCACCAUCGCGAAGCACGACGCGGCACACGACAAGAAGAUACUGGAGCUCUUCUCCAGCGCGCUGAAGGAGCAGCAGACGACGCGCGCCCUGGACCUCGCCACAUACCUCGAGCUGCGGGACAACAUCGAUGUGUGCGCUAAGGAGGCCAACGCGCAGGGGUACGGGCAACUCGUGCAGAAGCUGAUCUCACUGCUCGAGGUGCGCGUGAAGGCGAAGAAAAAGCGCCGCUGCCCCCUGCCGCUUGAGGGCACCGUCGCCAGCGACCGUGAACGCGACUUGCUUCUGCGGAAGCUGCUGGCAAAAGAGAAUGUGACCCCCACUAACGCCACCACCACCACCACCAGCACCACUACCACUGCCAACAACAGCAGUGAUCCAGGAAGAGCGCUGGCGCCCUCGCCCAAGAAGGUGACGUUUGUAGGAGACGAUGAUGAUGAAAAGAAAGCAGCAACGGCAACAACAGCAGCAGCCGCUGCUGGUAGUGCGGCGGCGGCGGCGGCAAGUCCACGGCGGCGGCACAUGACAUUUGCGGACCAGCAAGAGCCCACACCGACAAGACGGUCGCUUGAGCUUUCAACGACGCCCACCAAGGGCAACGGCACAUUGUUUCCUUCCCCUGCGAAAUCGACAAACCCGUCCAGCAUGGCGACCGGGAACGAACAAAGCCGCAACAACACGAUUCCUACCACCACCACCACCACCACUACUACUACAACUGCUNCUGCUGCUGCUGUGAAGCCAACAAACCUGCUUAGCAAAGCGGCCGGGAAUGGCCGCAACAGCAAUAGCCCGCCUCCUCCACCUGCUUCCACCGGGAAGCCGAAAAAUCCGUUCAGUGCGUCCGCCAAGACAACGAUGAUGCCGCUGGCGAACCCGGCGGCGCCGUUCCCACCGGUGGGACUUUGCACCAACACCCUUGUCCUGGGCGACUCGCAGUCGUCGGAGAUGGUGGCCGACGCCCGGGAAGCGACACACUCGCACCCGCCACCGAAACAGCAGCAUCAGCAGCAGCUGGUGCCGAGCGGGAAUACGGCAACGAGCCCGGCAAAGCGCGGACCUGUAGUAAAAACGUCCUCACCGACGCCGGCGACCGUCAGCAGCAACAUCGGCGGCGAUGGUAGCAGUAGCAGCAGCAGCAGCAACGCUAGGCGUGUGUCUCCACCUGUUAUCGUCACCGUUACGGAGCCCCAACGUGCAGCCUCCAACCGCUUCUGCACAACAGCUCAGCCCGUCGCGCCUGUGCCGCUCCCUGACGCUGCCGAAGUGGUGGUGGAUCCGUUCAUCGACAAACACGACAGCAACGGCCACACCGGCGGCGGCAGCGGCAAUGCGUCCGUCACGCUCGACUCGCUGCUGGUGGAUGUUGGACACGAGACGUCGCAGAUUGGUGCACCGCGCAGCGCGUCCUUCGGGGAGGCCCUGCGGAAGCGCUACCGCGAGGAGGAGGAGGAAGAGGAGGAGGACGGCGGCGACGGCAACAGCCACGACGUGGCGCUUCCGAGGAUUCGACUGUGA